AUGGGUGACAAACAAGUUAUUCUGCAAGCUGCGUUUCAGGAAAUAGAUUCUUCAAAACUUUUCGAUGAGCUUAUACUUAGGUAUCUUAUGUGCAGCAUAAUUGAUGCAACCAAGCAUCACAUUCUAAAAGCUGCACAUCCCUCUGAGUUGACUGUGAAAAAAGGUUUCUCCGUAAUUAAUUGUUUGAGUAGUAACCACGAAGCUACUAGACAAAAAAAAAAAAAAAUAAGGAAAGGGAAUAGGAAUCCUCACACAUUGAACUUCAUCACAAUUUCCACCGUCGACGCGUUCCUCCCUCCGUUUGAAUCACUUCUCUUCCCUUUGGAGGCAGAGCAGAUGAACAUGGCUUCCGAUAAAAACAUUCGAUGCCAUCACUGUGCAGGUCCGCUUUCAAAAGAGAUGGAAACAAGUAAAUGGAAUAUCGCUCCACUUAUUAGGGAUAGUUUUUCUAUGAUUGGUUCUGCUGUUGGUGGCACUACAAGUGCAUUCUAUGGAUUCAAUCAUGUUAUGCCAAUUGUCCAUAGAUAUGUAAAAGGACCGAUGUGGGUACAUUUUCUCGUUGGUACACCACCUGUGAUAGUAUUCUCCUCAGUAUGUGCAGGACUGGCAGGCGGGGCUGUUCCUGCUCUAGCACAGCUUGUUUCUUCAACUUACCACGCAGCACAGUCAUCACCUCCUUCAGACGAUGAAAAGAUUCAGAAAUCAAGAACUUCAUCCACUCUAUAAUAUGAAUAAUGUCUAUCUAUACACAUGCAUAUAAUGGCUUUCUUCUACCAUAACCAUGCAUUCAUUCUACGGCAUGCUGAGAGUUUUAUUUUUCUGCUGUAAAUACUGAUUAUCAACUUUAGUGCUCCAGUAUGUCAUUUCAGCUCCCUUCAACUGUUACUAGUGAAAUGCCUCAUCAAAUAUCUUAUAGUUUUGUUUAUUCAUUUUCAAUCCACUCCAGAUUUUUGUUACUAUUUUAUUAUUUUGUUAACACCAAACUAUACUUGUAUUAUGAGCAUAUCUGCCUUAAAAACUUCCUCAAACUUGCGGGAUAAA